GGUAUUGUUGAGGAUUUACUCUGUAACUUGACACUUUAGGGUUAAUAUUGCCCCUUGAGACCCAACUCUGACUGCUAUGUCUUUGUUGUGCAAUAAGUGGGCAGACAGUAAGUAACUGGCUCACGAUGGCUCAAUUGCCACUGUGUGGUGGGCUUUGGGUAUGGAACCGGGCCAGAUACUUUUACUCAGUUUAUAACACGACAGAUGUGUUCCCAUGAACUCACAGUCAGUGGUAUUUCGUUUUGUUUAUAGCAAAACAUCAACUCUAUCAGUCCCAGUAGGACGACAGUGUCCCGACAACUGUUUCAGUUAAUCUUGCACAUUGGUCUAUUUCCCUGUCAAUCAAUCUGUCAAUAAUGAGUGAAUCACACUUGCUUGUAACCACUAUUUGCAUGUUGUUACUGUGAAGAUUAAUAACAAUUUUCUCCUUUUUUGUUACUUGGUUAUGAGGCUGUUAUUAACCCAUAGUUUGUGUCAGUGACACCAACUAUGUUCAUUAUGUGUCUGUAAUGAACUAACACAUCUGACACAUUCAAAACUGUAAGAAAGCUCCUUUUUUAUUUUUGUAUUUUUUAUUAUUAUUAUUAUUAUUAUUCUGAAAAUAUAAUGUGCAGUACAUCCAUAUUUGAAGUUAAUAAGAGACUUUAAGAGGCGCAUGAAGUAGGACAAAAAUGCAGUUAAUUGGCUUUAAACAUUUGGCCUUCAUUCUCCAUUCUAACGAAGAUGGACUUGAUGGACCAGGGGAACCUGUGGAGCAGCAACGGAGUUGCUUGGGAAGUGCAGUACCACGGGCUUGGAGCAAGACAUUUGAAGCCAUCUGCAGAUAAGUAUUCCCUGAAGACAUGGUGGUUCUAAAAGUAUUAGGGCAUGUCUCAAGACAACAGUAUAAACCUUAAAUAAAGUCAUAUUUUGUUGACCAAGCUAUAUAUUGUAUUUCAUUCCACUGCACAAACACACUGGGGAAAUUAGACCAAUACCUCAUAGCUGACAUUGCCAUAGCAGUGCCCAGACCGCUCAUUUCAAUCAUCAAAAGAUACAUCAUUAAAAAUACUUCUGUUGCAUAGCUCAGAGGUUUUUUUUUACACUGUUUAUCACCUCAACACAUAUAUUUAUCCCUUGACUAUUUUUGAUAUUCUGAUAUUCAGCUGUGCCUAUAAAUUAAUUCUGCCAUUCAAGUAAGCUGGUAUAUUACUUUACUGCUUGAGCUGAGGUCUAGUGGUAGAUCUAAUUAAUUGUCCUUUAUCUUUGUUUGGAUAAAAUCUAGGCACUGUGGUGGCAAUUUGUGUAAUAAAGCAUACAAAGUAUGAUCUUGUCUUUCUGUAAGGUUUUAUUCAAGUCAUCCAUGAAUGGUCUCAACACAACCGUCACACACUCUCGUAUGUGAAAGUCCGAAAGAGCCCCGAUUGGAAGAAGCAGUAUGGUUUUAUCCCUUUUGGAGCGUCACUCUAACACAGUUACACAUUCCUGAGUUCUGGGACAGUAAACAGACAGAUAGUGUGGUGAGAUGAUCAUGUCCUUGGCUUCUUAGUGAAGUCUCAACAUCCCACUGUUUACUUGGACAUAGAGUGUAGUUAGAAACAGGGCUAAAAGUUCUAUGCAUAUAAUAGCCUCUUUAACAGUAAUGACCAGGUCAAAGGGUUGUAUAGGUUCUUAAAAGUUGCCAUUACAGUACCGAACCUGUACAUACUGUACAUCUUUGCAUACUCAAAACAAAAUGAUUCCCUCAUAAAUGAAUGUAUUUCUAAAUAGAUCCCUAUAAUGCAAGGGGAACCCUUCCAUUUCAGACUAAAUUUAUUUUGUUUUUAUUUUACAAUUAUCGCCUAAUGUGUGUAUGAUGUUUUGAUUAUGCUUAUAUGUAAGGUUUAUUACAGCAUUUGUUAUUUUUUUGCUUUCGCUGAAGUUUUUUGGCUCAGUUAGGUCCUGCUUAUUCUCUGUUUGCUAUCUGUCAUCAUUUCAUGCAACACGCUUCCAUUAUUGUGCUGGUUGUCUUACAGUUUUAUUCUUUUAGUCCUGUUUUCUCCUAGUAACACACCCCUUUUCCAAAAAUAUGAACAAAACAUGGCAAUUGCAUUGUAGUAAAUGCUUUUAAUAAAAAAACAGAAUUAAAUGUGUUUUCAGUCUGAUGGUUUCUUACAAGAACUGCAAAAAGGUAAAGUGGUAAAGAUAAUGGAUGGUGGAUGGUUAUUCUGUGGUAAAUGUGUUAAUAUGUUGAUUUAAAGAGUCUGCAUGUGUCUCAUUGAAGGACACAGAAGAUUGCCUUGAUUGCCAAGAAGAAUUAAACCAAAUGUUAACAAACAAUGACUCUGAUGCACAGGUGUAAAUCAUUUCAGUGAACUCAGUUUCACCAUUCCUAUGUGGACAUCUUUCACGAUUCUUCUUCUAGUGAAAGAUAAAUAGAAAAAGUAAAGUAAAUUAAGUUUUUACUUUUUUUUGUUAACUUUAUUGUUAACUAGUGUUUUUCAUCAAUAUAUUCAGUUUUGGCAGAACCUUUAUGCUACAUUUAGUCAGGAUUCUAUAGAUUUUAACCCAUUAACAAAUUCAAAUUGGACAAUACACAGAUGCUAACCUUUAAUAAAAUUAGAAGUCCUGAUAGAUAGAGAUCGAUAGACAGACAGAUAGAUAGAUAGAAAGAUACUUUAUUUAUCCCGAGGGAAAUUCAAGUAUCCAGUAGCAUACAUACAUUAAACACAUUCAAAUAAAAUUAAAAAUAAAAUUGACUUAUAACACAGUGAUAUAGGGGUUAUAUGAUAGGGUGAGUAGUAAGUUAUUAGUUAUUGUAAAAGUAGGCCUAAAUGGGGUUUUUGAGUGACAUGUUUAUUCUUUCAGCAGUUAUCUAAUAUUAACGGGGUAAAUGUGGAAGGGUGUUUUCUCCUGACAGGAAGAGCAGGCGAGAUUUAUGUCGGCGGUAUUAAAACCCUCUCACAGCUGACGCUCUUCCCCUUUAAAGCAGCGCAGUGGUGAGUCGCUGGGUAACAGAGGCUGUGCGCUCAACGGGAGAUCCGCUGCUUAUUCCUGUGUCACAAGUCUACUUUCAUCUGAUGAAAUGAUCAAGAGAUAGCUUUUACAGUCAUCGGAUUUUCUGUUUGGACAAGCCGAGGAGGAGCUCUUUAAUUCCGGGCUCUAGCGGACAUGUUUUUUCUGGCCCAUAUGGAGCUGAAAAUGUGAAAUUGCUCAAUUUCAAGGACGCGCUCUUGGUCUCUUUUCUCUCUCUCCGGCGAUUGAUUUUUGUUGAAAAAAUUGGAUUGCGAACCUUUCUGCGAAGAUCCCGUGUUGUGUCAGCCCCCCCAACGUUGCCGCAAUAAAAGAGAAAAUGAAGGGAAUGUGAUGGCAAAUGCUGCGUUUAAUAAUAAUCAGACGCGCGUUUUGGUGAUGUGCGACGCAUGGCGUAGGUUUGCUGUAAAGGAUGUGAUCCGACAGGAAUCCGUGGUUUCUCGCUCCGCUGCCUCCUAAACAGAGUCGCUCAUGAUGCCCAGGGCUUUGCGGAGACUGCUUCAUUUGGUGCUGUUCUGCCCUCUGUCCAAAGGUCUGCAGAGUCGUCUCCCAGCCAUUAAGGUGAAGUAUCUUCUUCUGGCAUGGCUGGGCAUCCUCAUCGCCAGCUGGGUCAUCUACAUGCAGUAUGCCUCUUACUCUGAACUCUGCCGCGGGCAUGUCUGCCAUAUGGUCAUUUGCGAUCACUAUAGAAGGGGCAUAAUAUCAGGCUCAUCUUGCAAGGCAUUGUGUGAUCAGAAGACUCUAACACUGCAGCGCUGCAUGUCCACCUCCUCCACACAUCAGGUGUACAGUGGACUGUGGAAGGAGAGACCUGUUGUGAUCAAGUGUGGUGUCGAGGAUCCAGUGAAGAUUGAUGGGGCUCCAGACUCUGUACUGCGACAAGAGAUGAGCUUAUUUGACAAACCCACUCGUGGAACCUCUAUGGAUGAAUUUAAAGAGAUGCUGCACAGUUUCCUCAAGGCUAACCUUGGAGAGCAACCAUCUUUGAACUCGUUGGUGGACCGGGUCAUUGCCCUGGCUGAUGUCAACCAGGAUGGCAAAGUGUCUCUAGCUGAGGCCAAAUCUAUCUGGGCUCUUCUCCAGAUCAAUGAGUUCCUCCUGAUGGUGGCGCUGCAGGAGAAGGAGCACACGCCCAAGCUGCUAGGCUUCUGUGGAGACUUGUAUGUGACAGAACAUGUGGGCCAUAGCUCCCUCUACAGAAUAGAGGUGCCUCAUUACCUGCAGGCUCUGGUCCCAGAUGCCUUAAGCUCCAGCCUGAACCACUGGCUCGCACCAGCCUGGCCACGCAGGGCACGCAUCACCAUCGGCCUGCUGGAGUUUGUGGAAGAGGUUUUCCACGGGUCCUACGGGAGUUUCCUAAUAUGUGAUGCCAGUCCUCGCCAUGUGGGCUACAACGCAAAGUAUGACUGCAAGAUGGCCAAUCUGCGCAGUGUGGCAUCUGAGGCAGUUGUACGGGGAUAUUUGAGGGGGCGGCGAUGUGAGACUAACGCAGACUGUACUUACGGCCGGGACUGCACGGCCACCUGUGAUCGACUAGUGAAGCAGUGUAAUACUGAGGUUGUACAACCCAAUCUCGCAAAGGUGUGUGUGCUGUUGCAGGAUUUUCUGCUUUUUGGCGCACCUUCAGACCUCCGUGGGGAUCUGGAAAAGCAACUACGCACCUGUGUGACACUCAGCGGCCUUGCAAGUCAGAUGGAGGUGCAUCAUUCGCUGGUCCUUAACAACCUGAAGACAUUGCUUUGGAAGAAAAUUUCUAACACUCAGUAUUCUUGAAAACAGGUUGAGAUGAUCCAACCUGUACCUCUACAUCAUGAGUGAAUUAUUACAUGAACACAAGUACAGUAGUUUUUGUUUAUGAAGCUUUGCCAAAUGUUUUAGAAGUUGGUGGUAACUGAUGUAUUUCGACUCCACAUUGACUGUGAAUAACAGGAAACUGUGAAAUAGUAAAUAUAUAAUAUGAAACAGUAGAUGAUGCAGACUCUUGUAAAAUCCCAUCAUGUUUUUGUUUUCCGAUGCAUUAUUUUGAGAAGCACAUUCAUUUGUUUAGACAUAAUAUUCUCAGGGCAAUGCCUAUGACGUUAUUUGUAAUAUGUAAGUAAAUUAAAUACGGUAGUUUAAUAGAAAAUUCUUUUGUUUGUCCCUAGUAAAGACAGAAAGUCUAAUUGUGACACAGUGUAGUUUUUGUACAACUGUAUAUUAGUGGAACAUUGUUCCUGUGUAUAAAUGAAUCUCCAUCUGAAGCAGAGAUAAGAUACAAUUAAUGGAAUGAAUAAUGCGUACUGUAUAUACAGUAGCACUGAAAUGUACCUCCUGGUGUUGAUCUGAUAUUGACUAUGUAUUAAAAUCGACCUGAAAGGACUGGAGUUGUAAAGGACAAUCAGACAUGAUUAAACUUGAAUGAACUUCUAAUCUGUGAA